UAUAGUAUUUUAUAAACAAAUAAAAAAACUCGUUUAAAUCACUAUUCAUUUUCGUCGUUCACCAUGCCUUCAGAGUCUGCGUUGUAAAAGUUGUAAGCCAUCUAAUUCCAAAAGAAGCUUAGAUUUCUAAGAUAUAAAACUCCAGAAAGGAUCAUCAAUCUAUAUAAUAAAGAGAAGAUUGGUCAAUAAAAACCAAACCUAGUUUGUUUAGUUCAACUCUUACAAAACCAAGAUUUCACCAAUAUUUUGUCCAUAUCUUCUCCUUUUCUUCUUCUUCACCAUAACUCCUAUUUGCCUCCCGACACAAUGAUCGAUCUGUUUAUAACUCCGAAAAAAUCUAUGUUCCAUAGAUUCAUAUGGAUGCUCUUUGUGAUCCCAUCUUUUGUUCUGUCAGCUGAUGAUGAGCUUCACAGACUCUGCAGUCAACCGUUUAGCUGCGGCAAUCAAAGCGGUCUCUUGUAUCCUUUCUGGAUAUCUGGCAGAGAAGACUGUGGCCACCCUGAGUUCAAAGUAGACUGUAGUGGUGGAUUCGCAGAGCUAAGUAUCACCUCCGUGAAGUACAGAAUCUUAGAGGCGAACUAUGACUCUGGUAUCAUAAGACUCUCGAGAUCAGAUUUUAUUGGCGAUCUAUGUCCUAAAGAUCCUUCGAAUAUGCCGUUCGACCAAAGCGUCCUUCCGCUUGUUCCUACCACCGAGCUGCUAAGAAUUUAUUACGACUGCCGCCAAGACUUUUCACAGUAUGUUCCUACUUAUUUUGGAGCCCUUGCUUGUGGUGAUGAUGAUGGUGACGAUGAUGAUGGAAGAAGAUAUUAUUAUGCGACGAGAAACCUGUCUUCCCCUCUGUUUCAAGGGAUUAGUCCCGUUUUAACCAACCUCAGCUUGUUUUGCGAUAAAAACGUCAGUGUUCCUGCAUCCGGACCCGGGCUGAACACGCUACAGUUCACUUCAAGUAGAGAUAAUCUAAAGAAGGCUCUUGAAGAAGGUUUCGAGCUUGGACUUAACCAAGAUUGUUCCACGUGCUUAACCUCUAGGGGUGCUUGUGGGUUUAAUUGGAGCACAACUGCAUUCACCUGCUACAUGGACGGGCCCAGUAACCGUACUAGAAACAACGGUCUCUCUACCGGAGCUAUAGCAGGAAUAGGGAUUGCUUCUGUAUUGGUGUUGUUAUUUCUGAUAGCCGGAUGCACGCUCUGUCUAAUCAGACGGCGGAAGAUACAAGCAGCUCAAUACACAAGCAAAGGCUUGCCAAUAACGUCUUAUUCAAGCAAAGAAGACUCAAGCCAUCCAACUCCCAAAAAAAUCUCAACAAGUAGCAAUCACGCCCUUCUCCCCUCAAUCUCUAACAUCACAAACGCGAGCACCUACUUUGGAGUCCAAGUCUUCAGCUACGAAGAACUGGAGGAAGCCACUGAGAAUUUCUCUAGAGAGCUCGGAAACGGCGGCUUCGGUACUGUCUACUACGGCGUGUUGAAAGAUGGACGAGCUGUAGCAGUAAAACGACUGUAUGAAAAAUCUCUUCAACGCGUCGAACAGUUCAAAAACGAGAUCGACAUCUUGAAAACUAUGAAGCAUCAAAAUCUCGUGAUACUCUACGGAUGCACAUCGAGACACAGCAGCGAGCUUUUGCUCGUCUACGAGUAUAUCUCAAAUGGAACUCUGGCCGAUCAUCUUCACGGUGAUCGUGCUGAAACUCGUCCUCUUUGUUGGCCAAUUCGUCUAAACAUCGCGAUCGGAACAGCAAGUGCUUUAUCCUUCCUCCACAAAUCAGGGAUCAUACAUAGGGACGUGAAGACAACAAACAUUCUUCUAGACGAGAACUCCACUGUGAAAGUAGCUGAUUUCGGACUCUCACGGUUGUUUUCCACAGACCAAACUCACGUCUCCACAAUGCCGCAAGGCACUCCUGGAUAUGUAGAUCCUGAGUAUUACCAAUGUUACCGUCUAAACGAGAAGAGUGACGUGUACAGCUUCGGGGUCGUACUCAUCGAGCUCAUCUCAUCUAAAGAAGCCGUGGAUAUCACAAGACAUCGCCACGAUGUCAACUUAGCGAACAUGGCCGUUUCCAAGAUCCAGAACAAUGCGGUGCAUGAGCUCGUCGAUCCGAGUCUUGGAUUCGCGGAGGAUCAAGAAGUGAAGAGGAUGAUGGUGUCGGUGGCCGAGCUUGCGUUCCGAUGUUUGCAACAUGAGAGGGAAGGUAGGCCGUCGAUGGAUGAGGUGUUGGAGAUUUUGAAAGGGAUCAAAGGCGGGAAGUUACCAGAUGUGGUGGAUAUUGAGGUAAGCAGAGGAGAUGACGUUGGAUUACUGAGGCAUAGUGAUCCUCCGCCGGUUUCACCUGAUACUGAUAAGUGGACUAGCAGUUCGGAUACGGCUGCGAGUUCAUUUUGACAGAUUGUAUAAUCAGGUGGUGUGUAAUAAAUUCACUCUGUACAACUCUUCUUUUAUCUUUUAUUUUUGUUCAGCUAAGAAGAUCUUUAUCUUUUGUAUAUAUAUGUGUGUGAAUCUGUGAUUGCGUUUUGGGCUACUUUCAAAUUGACAAUUUUAGUUUUUUUUUUUUUGAGAAAAAUUCACUUUUAUCCAUUAUUAGUA